UUCAGGCUGGAAAUCACUGAGAUCACAACCAACACUUUAUAGAUCUGAGAACUGGUGGGAAUAUGCACAAAUGGGGAAGGAUUAGCACCAGCUAUAGUAAGCAUGUGGCCUCUUCUGUGUCUCAUAGGCACACUAGAUGCUAUUACACCUGUCAGUUCCAAAGCAUUAAAUGUUGCUUCAUCUUUAUCAACAUGCAUCCAGAAAGCAUUCCCUACAGCAGCACUGUUAUACCACAGUAUUGUUCAUGUACUUCACAAAUAUAUCCACUGCUCAGACUGCUGACUGUCUGCACUUGAGGGAGCAGUGUAUCAAUGCUGCAAAUGGAUGUGACAGUGUCUGGAAGAUUGUUGAAGAUGUCUGCAAUAUUUCAGAAUAUUUGGAAACAGCCUCAAGAGCAGAUACUCAACUGAGUUUUAGGCAACACAGAAACCCCGAAGACCAAAGACACCCAGAAGAAUUAGGGAACGACUGCAGUAUUUCAAAACAACUCUGUGAAGAGGACCCUUACUGCUUUUUAGUGUAUAAGAGCUUCCAGCGAGCAUGCAAGGAGGAUGCAGCAAAAUGCAGGCUCCCGAUGGUCAACCAGGAGUGUUUGUCAGCCUGGAAAGAACUGACAAAAACAGUGCUGGGAGAGUGCAAGUGCUCAGAGCCACUUCAGAUGAGAUGCAUUAAAAUAUGGAAGGGAAUAUUUAACAACCCUUGUUUACAAUACUCUCAAGAGAGCCAAGCUUCAGCAGCUAGUGAAAAUGAUGAUGAUGGUGAUGAUGAUGACGAUUUUGAUGAUGUUGACGAUGAGAAAAAUCAGGACACUGAUAUAGAUAAUAUUAGUACAGAAACAAAAUUACAGUGGAGCUUAUCUGCCCUCUCCAAGCAAGCAUACACAGAGAACAGAACCUGUUUGGAUAUGAACAAGGAGUGUGUUGAAGAUGAAGUAUGUAACAAACAGUUGUCCCUGUACCUUAAGGUUUGCUCAGUAAAUAAGAAAUGCAACAUGGAAGAAUGUCAAGCAGCCAUAAGGUUCUUCUAUCAAAACAUGCCUUUUGAAGUUGCCCAAAUGAUGACAUUUUGUGAUUGUAUCCAGCCUGAUGAAUCCUGCCACAGAGCCAAAGAACUUCUCCACGGCAAGCCCUGUGCAGUUACUGCAGUUCCACCCCCAUCAUGUUUGAGUGUAAUCCACAUGUGUGAAGAGAAUGAAUUUUGCAGGAAAAAAUACACAACUUUUCGGUCCAAGUGUUGGAGACAUGUGACAAAAAAAUGCUACGAUGAUGAAGCUUGUCUUGAAACCUUAAUCAAGGGUGACAUGCCCUGUUCUGCAAAUGCGGAUUGCAAAGCAGCCUACAUUAGCAACUGGGGCACAAUGCUGCGCGUGGAGUGUACCUGUCAGAAUUUACCUCCUGCAGAGCAACCUUUGUGCAAGCUCUUCCAUCAUAUACUUCACAGCAAAUCCUGUUUCAGUGAGUUACGUCAAAUUUCCAUUAAGAAGAAAGUUUUUCAUUGGGUAAAUACAAAAAUACCAGGAGAAAAGCUUUCCAGAGCACAGCUCCAUUCUUCUUCAAUUAAUGGUGAAACAGUCUACAUUAUUGCCUAUUCCUCCUGCGUAGUUCUCAUCCUAGGAAUAGUCCUGUUGACUCUCCUAAAGAUCAGAGCCUGCAGAACAAAACGUGAGUCAAGAAGUCCCUCGCCAGACCAUUCUUCUGAAACUUUUAUGGUCCAUUAUAAAAGCCACAGAUGAACUACUCUGUUGCUUAUGCUUUUUAAGGCUAUUCUUGAAAGCUAGCCUGUUGUACAUAUGCGAUAAUAAAAUAUAUAUUAGAAAACCUACUAUAAAUUAUGGAAUUUUGUAGUUGAGCAUAAAAAAGAUUUUUAUAUUUAUUAACACAUAUUAAACAUUAACAAGCUAAAAAAGUAGAACGGCAGUGUCUCUCAUUUGCGUAGGGUCACAGAUCUGUCCUGAGCUGCACAUUUCCUUUAUUUUUAGAUGCACAUGACAAUGGUAUAAAUGUUGUAUCAGCAUGAAUCUGCCUAGCAGUGGAAAUCUUUGAAACCCAACCCUUCUGAUCUGAACUCAUCUGGCAGAAAGGAAAGAAAUCCAUCAGAAUAAUUUUGGAAAGCUGUUAAAAAGUACAUACAUGGUAGUUUUGUACACUACGUUCCCAGGUACCAAGUACCUGAUACGAUAUUUGUAAGGCGGCAGUCACAGGUAGGCUGCCUGUAGUUUGAUGGUGGAGCACUUGGUGGGGUAGGAGAUCUCGAUUACAACCCAUUUCAGUAUGAAGAGGAAUUAAACUCUGACUAGCUGGGCUAAUGCUUUGACCCCAGUAUGUUGCUGCUGAAAGUGUUUUCUUGUUGCUGAAAGUCUUUCUCCUCAAAUAUGUUCAAAAGGAAAUUAGUGAGCCUUGCCAAUCUCAAAACAGUAAUUUUAGAAAGCACUUAGAAAGCAUUUUGUGAUCUAAAUUCCCAGUGGAGAAAGCCACUUGCUUGAGGCUGAAGUGCCUAAUUUUUGAGAGAGAAGUUAUGACCCAUCUCACCAUCUGUGUUUCCUAUCCAUUGUCUCUAGGCAAUACCUGAAGUGCCUAAUUCUCCCCGUGCACUGUACUGGGAGCCAUGGUCCCUAACACACCACUCUGGAUCCCACUUUAUGGCUAUGAGUUCUGGAUUUCUUCCUGUAGCUGAGUUGUUUUGCUAGCAAUUAGUUGCCUUUGUUAUAUCUUUGUAACAAUCUGGUUCUGGUCAGCACAGGAUAAUGGACUGGCAUUUCUUAUACAACUGUUACCAUGAGUAGCAUACAUAUUGUCUUGUUAUGAUAACAUUUGAUGAAUUAAUUUUGUUUUCAAUUUGAUUAAUUUGAAUUGUGUCUGAAUUCCCACUAAACAUAGCUCACACAACAAACAGUAUCAAGAAUGAAAUACUGGUUCCACUGAAUUCAGCAAAUUCAGUUUUGACCAUGACCAAUUCAGAUCUAGGGCUAGAAAUUUAUGAUAUCAUCAGAAGAGCAGGAAUAUCUACUCUUCAAUGUGACUUUUCUUCUGUCUUUGGUAGUUUGUGAAAUGAUUUAGUGUGAGAGAAAAAUCUUAGGUGUUCAAUUCUACUGGGGAGAGUUUUUGAAAUUUUUAACAGUUAUUACAACAUGAUUUUUUUCUUUCUUUCUUUAGGAUCUCCAUAAAACCAAAAUUUCCUUCUUGUUUUGCAAUCAACUGCAUGUUGUUACUAAAUCAGCAUUACUAAAUUCAAUCUCAUUACUAAAUUCACCUUUGGACAAAAAUAUAACAGAAAAGUGCAAAGUUGAUUAGUUUGUUAAUCAAAACAAUCUCCUUUAUCAGUCCAGCAAUUUGUAGCAUUUGGUUUAUCUCCCUCCAUGUAGGUAUUUUGAAAGUAUUAUAUUAAUAGUCUACAUCUUAAAACUGUGAAGAGGAAAAAGUUCAAACUGAAAAUACUGUUGAGAGUAUGUUCUCAUCGGUGUUGGAUAAAAAAAUUUCUUUAUAUAGGAAAUAUAUAUAUGAAGUGAACCCUGGGUUGGUUUUCAGUCUGACUUCAAAAAACAGUGAUGCAGUGUUGCCACUGUGUUACAAAAUUUGAAGAGACCCAUUUAUAUUCAGACUUAACUAAACCUCAAUCACAAAAACAUCUCUUGUAACUUUCUUAGAAACUUUAUGGUUUUUAAUUGCCUUAUACUGAAAUACUAAUAACUACUCCUAUAUGUGCUUAGACACACACAUGCACACACAUGUAUGUAAAAUGUAUUUGAAACUGAGGGUAAGUAUGUGAGUUACUCUGAAAGACAGCAAGGUAUGUAGUGGCUAUUGUGUUGCUUCUGUAAUUUUACAGGCUCUUUUCAUCAGAGCUAAUAGUUAAUGGAAAAGCACAUUCCUUCCAUUAUACAUGCAAAAUGUAUUCUUUUGUUCUAUAUAUGUCCUAGUGACGCUGUAUUCUGUCAACAGUAUCUAGGUGUUAAUUAUUAAAUAAAGGAAUUUCUGCUGGGAUGAUCUGUAUUCAAGUGAUCAUGAUUAGACUGCUUCAUGACCAGCUUUGUGAUGGAGUAAGUAGUAUCUUUGUCAGA